AUGGAUGAUGCGGAUAUUAGAAGCCAACAAGCCACGUCAUGUACCCCACACGAAUUACCUUCCCUGCUCGAUCCAACUAAAAAGGGCUCAAAUAUCACACCAAAGCUCCUCGGAUACAAAACCGGUACUCAGAAUCCUUCAGGGCUAGUUACGGGUGGGUUCGUCAUAUGGCUUGCUUGGGAAAUUGUUCCAGGGCUACGCCUUGGCGAUACUGACGGCGCUGGUCCAUUUUGGGAUCUUGAAAGCUAUGAAAGAGAGCAAGUCCGUGUAUCCUUUCUUAACGCUCUUGCUAAGCUGAAGGAGCACGGGUGGUACCCGAGCGUGAGCAGGGCAAGAAGUCUGGUUUGGCACCGAGAGACUCAAACCCUCUACUUCAUCGGUGGCUUUAAUGAGGCCAUGAAGGGUGAACCCAGACGUUUGGCUGAGCCCGCCCAACGGAUCGCGACAUUUGAGCUUGCUUUACCUGACGUUCCAGUCAGAUGGAGAGACUGGGAUAAGGAUACUUCACGCUGGAAAUGGUAG